AACAUUACAAGAUUUUUAGGAGUAGAUUUUUUUCUGGAGUGUCUAGAGAGCAGCAAGGAAGAUUGAAGAAGAUUUAAUACGCGCCCAGCCGUCCACUGUGUAAGGGUAUUUUCCCAUCCGGACGGCUCUUCAGUUUGCACGGGCUUUUCAUUGUAUAGGGAAAAACAACAACGGUGUGUUAGUUGACACUAGGAGAAAGAAACGCGUGUUCUUCUUCUAAAACGCCAUUCGCCGUGUUGUAGUCAACAGUAUUUGGGACAUUAUAUUCCGCUUGUGUUUUUUUCCCUUGGUAUCCCGGCCACUAUCAACCAACCACCCAAUUAAUGUAACGAUAUCGUAUUACAAAUAAUGUAAUCUUAAACCGUUCCGUACACAUACAGCCGAUAAACAUCCAGCAACAAACAACAACAACAACAACAACACCAACAAGAACACCCGAACCGGAAAAUGGGCAGCCAGGCGUCUAGCAUUUCGCAGAAAAUUUUGCCAGCCGAUACGGUCGAUUCGCUGCAGUUUGAGAUUAAGAAGCAGGUGCACAUUUUCUCCGAAAUCAACAAUCUCGCGUACGAGGACUUCCAGAAGUGUCUCGCCGAUCUGAACCGACUCUCAAGAAAAUGUCUCGAUCCGAACGGGAAGCAGCUGGUGUUUGCCGUGAAGAAGGGUUCGGACAAUUCCAUCCUCUGGAAGCGCACGGUUCGCAUCGCGUGCGUGAAGAUCGAUCCCGAGACGAAGAAGAUCGACUGCUUCAAGCUGCUCACGCUGCAACAGUUUCUGCAGGUGUUCCGCACAUUCCAGACGAACCUGCACGCGAUGGUAACGGUCGAAACGCAGCGAAUACACAGUCCCGGUUCGAGUCCGUCCCGGUCGUGCGGUAGCGGUCCGGGCACCCCGUCCAAAGGGAGCAGCACGGUCGCGGACCGGUGCCCGAAGGCGACCACCCAACCACCCGGUCCCAGCACGACCACACCCACCAAGCAACCGGACGCCUCGCCGGUCCCACUGUCCGCCUCCUCCACCUCGUCAUCCUCCGCCAACGGGUCGGCGGCCGGCAGCGGGUUUGUGUUUCCCGAAUGUACGACCGCAUCGAUGCUAAUGGCGCAGGUCGAUACGAUUGCGGACGGUCCGCCGGCAGGGGAGCACGGCGACGAGUGCUGCAUCUGUCUGGAGCGCAAACCGGAGGUGUCGCUACCGUGCGCGCACAGCUACUGUAUGCCGUGCAUCGAGCAGUGGAACAUCCACCAGAAAACCUGCCCGAUCUGUGACGAGGUGUUGGCCAGCACCGACGAUACCUGGGUCCUGUCGGAAAUGCCCGAAGCGAACGAGGUGAGCGAAGAGAUCUGUGCCACCCUGCAGAAGCUGUCGACCGAGGCGAACGGGGAGGACGAGAGUGAUAAGAAUUGGUUGCGCCGGAUGCUGGAUUUGUGAUUCGGGCCGGGAGCGGAAAUGUGAUUGUAAGCUAGCGGAAGGUCCUUUGCUUUAAGGAUUCUAUUAUAUUUUUAGGCGAUACUAACUUUUUAAGCAUGCAAUGCUUUUAGAAAAUUUUAAAUUUGCUAGCGUUUAGUUUGGAUAAGUUUUAACCGUUUUUUUUUUUUUUGUUGGGUGACAAUCUGUUAUGAAGCACAUUAUUCCAGCGAUAUAGAUAUAUAGCGACCUGCUCGCAUCGAAUGCCGUUAUGUAGAGCAAAUUGUUGGCCAAGUGUUUGGUGUUGGAUAUUCCUUCCCGCUGAUAAUUUCGGAUCAGUUCAGUCAUAUUGCGCUUUCGUUCUUCUACCACCGCGGGGGAGACCUUUAACCGCGUGCCAUUUUUGCUUUUCCUAGUCUUUUUGCUGGCUAAAUGUAGCCCUAGAAUUGGGAACGGACAAACAAAAAUACUACACCGUUAACCCCUACUUUUCCUACGUUUUUUUUUUUAUUUCUUAUUUCCAUAUCCAAAUAUACGAUGUCAUUGAAAUUAAAUGUCUUGGCAAAAAAACGUAAAUAAAGUUUUGCAAACGUAACAAUAAAGAAAAACUACUCUAAUACACACACACAAA